AACUAGGUUUAGAAGAAUACGAAGAUAAUAAAUUAGUUCUUAAUACUGUACAUGACUUAAUGCAAUUUUUUAAUCAAUCAAAUUGCAAAUAUCGUUCAAAAUCUAAAUCAAAAGAUUUAAGAACAUGCUAUGAAAAACUUUAUAGUAUAAAUGAAUAUACUCUUUCAACAUUACAAGAUCAUUUAUAUAGUAAAGGAUUAGUAGAACGAAUUCAUGGUAAUACUGGACGUGCAGCUAAAAGAGAAAGUAAAGUAUUUCUUGAUUUAAGUGUUACUUUUCCUAUAAAAAAAUAUUUAAAACAGUAUGCGAUUAUUCAUGGACUUCCAUCUCCAAUGUGUCAUAAAAAUGAAUCAGAACCUUUUAUUUAUUUAUCAACAGGCAAAACAUAUACUUCUGUUUAUAAUGAAUUUAAAGAACAUUUUUAUAGCGAAUAUAGAGAUACUAAAAACAUUAUAUCAUAUUUUACAUUUAGAAGGCUUUGGCAUGAAAUGAGGGCACAUCUUAAGUUUCAACCACCUGCAAGUGACUUAUGUGAAGUUUGUGAAACUUUAAAAGCCAAAUUAAUUGUAGCAAAAUCUAAUGUAGACGAAUAUGAAGAAAUUAAAAAUCAAUAUGAACAACAUUAUAAAGCUGCUGAAAAAGAAAGAGAACAUUAUAAUAAUAAUAUAAAUGAAAGAAACCAGGCAAUUCAAUAUAAUAACGGUUUGGGUUGGACCUGUAACUUAUCUAUGGAUAUUGGAAAGGUUUAUGCGUCAAAGGAAUCAGGUGGAAUAGAAGUAGCUUUUCAAUUACUAACAGAUAAAGAUUUUAAUAUAAAUACCCCAUUAGAAACUGUGCGUACAAAACAAUUAACUGAUGAAAGAAAACACUAUUUAUAUACAAAGAUUAGACAAUAUGUAGAGGAUCCGUUCAAGGACUUAUAUUGUAUGAACCCAGUUGAAGCUAAAAAUAAGAACAAAUAA